AUGAGUACCGUUAUCGUCGUCGGCGGACCUGCCGGAACAGGAAAAACUACCGUGGCGGAGCUUCUCUCCAAGCACUUCAACGACUGUCCUUUUGUUGAAGGCGAUGCUUUGCACCCACAAGCCAACAUCGACAAGAUGUCUGCGGGCCAGCCUCUUACCGACGAUGACAGAUGGGGUUGGCUUCAGAACUUGAGUGAAGCCGCUGCUCAGAAGGCCGUCGAGUCUCCACAGAAGGUGUGCAUUGCCUCUUGUUCGAUGUUGAAGAAGGUGUACAGAGACCACAUCAAGAAGAGUGCCCACCACGUCGAUCCGCUGUUGAAGUUCAAGUUUGUUUUCCUCUGGACGACAUACGAAGAGUUGAUGCAGAGAGUCAGCAGUCGGGCGGGUCACUUCAUGAAGCUGGACAUGGUGCGUUCUCAGUAUGACAUUAUGGAGGUUCCCAAGGACGAGGAGCUUAUCGCUAAUGGCGGGGACUCCUUGGAUGUGGACACUUCUGGCAGGACGCCGCAGGAGAUCACCAGCGGAGUGAUUGCAGACAUUGGCAUUUAA